AUGUCGCUUAGAACUCAACGUUUCCUUUCACUCUCACAAACCAUUCCAAGCAAAUUAACACUUCCAAGUUCUUGGUGGUGCCAACACUUAUGUAACCUCCAUCACAUAUCCAGUUCCGAUAUUUGUCGCUUGGCUAAGCGCAGUUUAUUUUUGGCUCUCAUGAAAAGGAUUCUGCCCUUCUUGUAUCCAGGAAAGUGCAAGCGCAAAGUCAAAAUUGAUGAGACUACUGCUAAUGAUCAUAGUACAAGUUACAGAAGAAUAGAAUGCCGACAUAGGAGAAGACAAAAAAAGAGUCUUAAAUGUAAGGUGGAUAGCACAUGCCAAGUUAAAUGUACUCUUCAAAGAGUAAAAAAAAUAAGUAAUGCAGCAGCUAGUUUUGCAUUACAGAUUUACUCUAUAGAAUUCUUAUUUUCCAAAAUACGGAUAAGAUUCUAUGUCACAAUAGUUGGAACGGGUUGUGUUUAUUCUGAUGCCAGAAACAUGAAAAAGUGCUCAAGAACAAGUCCUUCUAAAUCAAGUCAUGUCGUCACGAAGCUUCAUGCUCACCAAUCUAAAUCCACUUGUGACUUUGCUUACACAAUUUGUGUUGCUUCUACUCCAAAAUAA